AAUACAGGGGGGAAAGGGAAGUAAUGGUGAGCACGAGAGAAGCAGGGGUGAAAUAUGUGUGUUUGAGGAGUGUGUUGGAAGAUGGAGGAUCGGGGAGGGGGUUGACUGCUCUGUUUAAGUUUGUACGUGUCAUUGGAUAUAGUAAGAAGGUGUGGGGGUGGAGGAUUCGGUAGGUGGCGGAAGUGCAACUUCAAGGAUGCAAGCCGCCAUAAAACACUAAAGAAGAAGAAGAAGGCGGAAGCACCGGGAAGUAGUUUGUGUGCUGAAAACGAUCUACGGGAAAGCGGGAACUUGCAAAUUUAAACAAAACUGCUUACUCACAAGUAAACUGUUAAAUAUCUUGGCAGUUUGUAGCAAUGAGCCACAGAAGGAAAGUGUCCUGCGUACUGUGUGGUUUGUCCGAAGAGACGAAGAUUACCGGAGCCUUGUCGAUAAAAGACGAAGUUACUGCGCAUCAGAACUGCUUGUUGUUUUCCUCUGGCAUUUAUUGCCAGAACACGCCAGAGCUUGAUGACCUGUUUGGCUUCUCUACGGACGAUGUGCUGAGGGAAGUGAAGCGAGGAAGGAGGCUGGUUUGUAAGAUGUGUGGGAAGAAGGGAGCCACUGCAGGGUGUGAAGUCGGACGCUGCAAGAAGACCUACCACUAUCCCUGUGCUAUUCAGGCCAAAGCUAAGGUUAUCGAGGAUGAAGACGAAGGGAGAUACACGCUGUACUGCUUUGGGCACAACCAAAAACUCCAAAGUGAACAGAGCAGCAGGUCUGUAGACGAGCGUCCUUCUUCAUCCUCAACAGAUUCAACGUCCAGAGGAGCUGAGACGAGAGCCAGAGAUAAGCAGAGCGAAAGAUUUGUAGAUGAACAUCCGUCUUCCUCCUCAACACCUUCAGUGUCCAGAGAAAAUAGCGAGAGGAGAGGCAAGGAUGCAAGGUCUGUUUACAACAGUGAUUCAAACUCAUCGCACAGUGCAACACAUUCACUUUCCAAGAGGCGUCUGAGUGACAGUGACGAACAGGAUGAGCUGUUUAUUAAACGUAAAAAUGGAGGCUGUAAAAGAAAUAUAAUAAACGAUUCUCGCAAGUCAGAUGACAAUGAGCCCAACACAGAAAUGGCCCCGAUAGACUCCGAUAUAGACGAGAGUACAAACUCUAUUCAGGAUGACCAAGUAAUCAGAGAAAACGCUGACAGUCGCACAGAGGUCGCCUCAGAAGAUAAACAGCAGAGCCAAGAUGAUGAAACACUCCUUUAUUCUGAUGAAUCAGAGAGUCUGCUUCAUCCAGAACCUCGGUCAUCUCCAGUAACAAGGGAUAAACAGUCGUCUCCGAUGGCACCAAAUGUGAUUAAAGUAGAAGAUGAGAAAGAUCAAGGGAGCAGUCCUCAGCAGAACCUUGUCCAAAGUCCUGAUCAGCACCACGUUGGACCCUCCACUGAGCCCCCUCCCUCUCCAAGUAUCCUGAAUCCCCAAGUCACAUUGAAUACAGACAUCCCUUCCCUUCCGGUCCAUUCUUUAGCAUCCAGCAUCGACUCUGUCAGUUUCUGGAAAAGCUGCAACUCAGCAGGUUGUACACAGGCCAUCUUUACGGAUUUCCUUCAUGAGAUGAAUAAAAUCUCCAGGAGGAUUGAGUCAGACCAGGCCAGUCAGGAGGAUUAUGAUCUUGCACUAAAGGUAAUUGCAGAUUCUGGAAAGCUGGCACAUCUUGUGGACAAACAGCGGGAAGAGUUGCAAAGGAAACAGACUGAGCUGAAAAAGGCAGGAGAAGCUAUGAACAAUGUCGUCUCAGCGCUAAAGGGACAAUUUAAGCCUUAACAUGGAUUUCUGUUAACAUCACCUUGUCUGUCAUAGGUUUUACCUUUUUGUCUUGUUUUUUAUAAAUCAUAAUACUGUAAAUAAUGUAAUACUGCAGUAUAGAGAUUUUAAUGGCGUAGGUGUAGAGAGGUUGUUUGGCUACUUUUCAGUAGGUGUGAAUGUAUGUGUGCAUGCGUGGGUUUGUCUGUGACGACCUGUUCAGGGUGUAUCCUGCCUCUCAGCCUCAGCCUGCUGGUAUAGGCUCCAUCCCCGUGUGAACCCGCAUAGGAUUCAGUAAUUUUAGUAGAAGGUGUAGACAUUUCAAAAAGCAGUUUACACAAAAAAUUGGAAAUUUAACUUGUUUUAUAUGGAAUCCUAAUCUCAUUUACGCCCUUCUGUUUUCAAUCAAUUUAUGUCCAUUUUCUGUAAAACAUUGUGAAAUGAAUUUGUUCCCUAAACUGUUGAUCAAAGAAAUGUCAAAGCUA